AUGUUCCUCCUCCUCCGCCACCACCGGGCCUCCCUUCUCCACCCCGUCCGUCUCCACCGCCUCGCCAUGUCCACCGCCUCCGCCUCGGUCUCCUCUCCGCCGGCCUCCUCAGCGGCCACCGAGUACCACUGCCGUACCAAGCACAGCCUCACCGCCGGCUACGCGCUCGGCCCGGGCCGCCUCGACUGGGCUAACCAGCCCAACCCCUUCCUCCGCUUCUCCCCUCCUUCCCUAAUCUCGCUGCCCAACCCGCCGCCGGUGGGGGCCGGUGUACCUUACCCGUCGCUCUACCACUCGCCUCCGCCGCCGCCGCAGCCGCAGCCGCUCUCCGUCGACUCCCUCUCUGCGCUGCUGUACCACUCGCUCGCCCUCUCCGCGUGGAAGUCCGCCGGCGUCUCCACCUGGUCCCUCCGCGUCAACCCCAGCAGCGGCAACCUCCACCCCACCGAGGCGCACCUCCUCUUCGAGCACCCGCACGAGCCAGGCCGCCUCGCCGUCUCCCACUACGCGCCCCGCGACCACCUCCUCGAGGUUCGCUCCGCGGCGCCCGUCGGCGACUUUUCGGCGCUCUUGCCAUCGCCGGCCACCGCGGUCCUGGCGCUGUCGUCCAUCUUCUGGCGGGAGUCCUGGAAGUACGGCGAGCGGGCGUUGCGAUACUGCAACCACGAUGUGGGCCACGCGCUGGCGGCGGUGGCGGUGGCCGCCGCGGCACUUGGCUGGGAUGUUCGUUUGCUUGAUGGGCUGUCCGACGAGGACCUUGGGUAUUUGGUGGGGGUGGACAAAGGAGCUCCGGCUUCCCCUCCCCCCGAGGGAUUGCCUGACAAAAUGGUGAGGGGCAAGGCACCAUGGGUGGAGCAGCAGCACCCGGAUUGUGCAGUUCUUCUGUUUCCUGCUGGCUCAGAGCCAAAGGUGGACUAUGGAGCGAUGGGUGCAGCACUGAGGAGAUUUGAUGGGUUGGAGUGGGUUGGGAAGGCUAAUGCCCUUAGCAAGGAUCAUGUAGUGUGGGAUGUCAUAUAUCGCACGGCGGAGGCAGUCAAGAAGCAUGGCCCUGCUCCAGAGGAGAGCUUCUCAGUGAGUCCAUGGCAAAGGAAUGCAUCUCUGUCGGAUGGGAUCUAUAAAGAAUUGACAGUGCAGGAGGUGGUGCGCCGUCGGAGAAGUGCAGUGGACAUGGAUGGGGUACCCAAGGGAAUGUAUUUCUUAGUGAGGAACGAGGAGCACUUUGAUACAUUGCAACGGGCUAUGAAACAGGACUUUGACUGGGAACGACCAGACGGGUGCCCAGAUGGCCUCCCUUUGUACAGGCUGAUGAAAGGGGAUUGCCAGCGGCUGUCAAUGCAGAUCUCCUGCUUUCAGGACAUUGCCUCUCAUGGAUGUUUUAGCAUAGGGAUGAUUGCUAGAUUUGAGCCUGUGUUGCGUGAGAAAGGUGAAUGGAUGUAUCCACGUUUGUUUUGGGAGACUGGUGUUCUUGGUCAAGUUCUUUACCUUGAGGCCCAUGCUGUUGGAAUAUCUGCAACUGGGAUUGGCUGCUACUUUGAUGAUGCUGUCCAUGAGGUACUUGGCUUGAAAGACUUGGAGUUCCAAAGCCUAUACCAUUUUACGGUGGGUGCGCCUGUGCUAGACAAGCGGAUCAUGAGUCUCCCGGCAUAUCCAGGACCAGGGAUUGAUGCAUGACUGAUUUUCCUGCAAGAAUUUUGUUCGUCCUCCAUCACAUAAAUACAUGAUUCAGAGAGAAUGUGAGAUAGGAGCUCCUGAUGUGGUAUAGUAUCGUAGCAUGCCAUUUCGGUUUCCACGUUCCAACUUAUCCUCUCGUUGGCCUAACCCUCUCAUAUUUCUGUAGUGGUUAGCCCAGUUGGUCUUAUGAUAGUUAAGUGUGUUCCAAUCUAAGGCUAAAACGACAACAUGCCAUAGAAAUAAUGUUUCCUUUUUUUGGUUGAUGCAUAGGAAUGUAUAGGCAGUUAGACACUUUAUGAUGUAAUUGUGCAAGGUUAUGCCUCAUCUUUUCCAUU